CGUGAGAUAUCACACGCGUUUGCUAACUCACAAGUAGCAAAAAACAAUUAAUUUAAUUGAAGUGCUCAAACUGAAGUGAACUGUGAUUCAAGCGGUACAAGAAAUGUGUUCUGUCAGAUUAUUGUGAAUAUAAUGGGGUCACGAAUAUUUUGGUGGAUGUUAUACUUAGUUAUAUUGAAGAUAAUAGUACAGAACGCGUUUGCAGGAUUUAAAUUAUUUACCAGUAAUAAUGUGAGUUAUUUCAACUUUACGGAAGCGACAACACGGUACGGAUAUUAUUCCGAAGAACAUACUGUCGUGACAGAGGAUGGAUACAUUUUGACUGUAUUUAGAAUACCGAAGGGUAAAAAUUGUGAUAAAACCAGAUCGUCUCCAGUUCUAUUGAUGCACGGGCUACUGGUGAGUUCGGACGCCUGGAUAGACUCAGGUCCUGAAGCAGGACUGGCGUAUCUCAUAGCAGACGAAUGUUACGACCUUUGGAUCGGCAACGUCAGAGGGAAUCAUUACUCCAAAAGACAUGUAAAAUUAAAUCCAGAAAUAGAUGUAGAAUAUUGGAACUUUACUCCAAAUGAAAUAGGGAUUUACGAUGCACCAGCUAUACUAGACUACAUUCUAAAAAAGACGGAAUCGAAGACGGUAAAUUACAUAGGAUAUUCUCAAGGCAGUGGAAUGUUUCUCAUAAUGUGCUCGGAGAGACCGGAGUAUUGUAAUAAAGUUGGUCACGCUAUUCUGUUGCAUCCAGCUUCAAGAAUGAAUUCUACGAAAUCUAUAAUGUUUAGAGUAUUAACAAAAUACUACGAAACUAUUCUACCUUAUAUAAGUAGUGCAUCGAGUUUGGAAGUUCUUCCUCAAGGAGGCAACUUACAGCGGCUUACGGGCGCUUUGUGCCAGAACGAAAUCCUCGCGGAUACAUUUUGCAGAUGGAUAUUGUAUUUGGUCGACUCCAGUCAUCCAGAAGCUAUCAGUAUACCGACUAUACAAAUUUUAUCCGACCAUUUUCCUGCUGGAACAUCUGUGAAGUCGAUGGUAUUUUACAAACAGCGUGUAACUUCUGAGAGGUUUAGCAAAUACGAUUAUGGUAGAGAGGAAAAUUUAAAAUUAUACGGUUUGGAGUAUCCACCUGCAUACAAUAUUAAGGCUGUAAAUGUACCAGUAGUAAUAAUUCACGGCGAAAACGACUAUCUGUCGUCGCCAGUGGACGUGGAAUGGUUAUCAAGCCAAUUGCCCAACCUUGUAGAGAUGUAUUAUGUUGAUGACCCACUCUGGAACCAUCUCGAUGUAAUAUAUAACCAGCAUCUAAAAGAAAAGAUGUUUCCUAAAAUAAAAGAAUAUUUAUCUAAGGACAGUAAAUAAAAAGUACGGAAGUUUUUA